AUGAGUGCCAAAGCCAGCAUAGAACAAAAUUCUUUUGAGGAGAAAAAAAUACCAUCAGAUACUGAAUUGCUUGAUGUCCAAUCCUCCCAAAGUGAAAAUGAUUUAACGCUGUCCUCGAGCGAAAAGAAUGCAAAAGUACAAGAGCUUGCCCAAGCAUACAAUAUUAACCAUAAGAAGUUAAUGUGGAAAAUUGAUUUGUGUGUUGUCCCACCUUUUUGUUUGUUAUAUUUCCUUGCGUUUCUAGACAGAGUUAAUAUUUCAAAUGCAAACGUUUACGGAAUGUCUAAGGAACUAGGCUUGAGCAAUAACCAGUUUUCUGCUGCUUUAACUGUUUUUUUUGUUCCGUACAUUGUCUUUGAAAUUUUAUCAAAUUUUAUGUUAAAGCUUGUCAAACCUCACUUAUGGUUGGCUGCGAUGAUAUUUUUAUUUGGAGUUGUUACCAUUUGUAUGGCAUGGUCCAGAAAUUACGGUGGCUUGAUAGUUUGCAGAUUGUUUUUAGGAAUUUUUGAAGCCGGUUCCUUCCCAUCUAUCUUCUACAUAAUGGCAAACUUUUACACUUCUGCUGAAUCUCAACGAAGAUUCUCUAUUUUCUUCAGUUGUACCUGUUUAGCUGGAGGUUGUGCUGGUGCACUAGCAUAUAGAAUACAUGAUUUAAAUGGUGUUCAUGGACUACUUUCUUGGCAAUGGAUCUAUGUCAUUGAAGGUGCAUUUACAGCAGGCUUGGCAAUUUUACUGUACUUUAUUGUUCCUGAUUUCCCAGAAGAGUCAAGAUUUUUGGAUGCUAAUGAAAGAGACUUCUUGAAGAAAAAGCUAGAAAUAUUUCAAGGUAACUCCGGUUACGAAAUUAAGCAAACAUGGAAAGAUGUGGGUAAAGUCUUUAAAGAUCCAGUUAUCUACAUUUGUGCUAUUACUUAUUUCUGCUUUAUCAUCCCUGCCUACUCUUAUGCCUUCUUUGCGCCAACAAUCAUUAAGCAACUAGGAUAUACUGCGAUGGAAGCUCAGCGUCAUUCAAUCUAUCCAUGGCUUGCUUCUAUGGGUUUCAGUAUAUUAAUUGCAUUUGUUUCAGAUUACGUGCGAAUCAGAUUGCCAUUUUUAAUACUAGCAACAAUUGUCUCUAUAAUUGGCUUUGCGGUCACAGUUGGAUGUGUUGAUCAACCGUUGGUAAAAUAUGGUGGUUGCUUCUUACUUGCUGCUGGUUUGUAUACUGCAAUGCCAAUAUUAAUCUGUUGGGUAUCCUUAAAUUUUUCAGGGCAUACGAGAAAGAGUGUUGGUACUGCAUUUGUUAUUGGGUUUGGUAAUAUUGGUGGUAUUGUUGCAGCCUUCCUUUUUCCAAGUAAUGAUGCUCCAAAAUUUAUCAAAGGGUUGAGUGUAGGAUUGGCAUUUUCAACUUUUGCCUUAGUGUGUAUUUUUUCCUACUUUGGUUUAUUGGUCUACAGAAAUAGACAAAAGCAAUCUCUUACGUACCGAGAGGCAUGGGAACAACUAGAUCCAAGGGAGAAAAUUAUGAGGGGUGAUUUGAACCCUGAUUUUAAAUACAUGUAUUAG